UGCACUGUAUAUAUUCACAGUAGAUCUACUAAAGUGUGAUUUCACUAGUAUAACCUUAUUUGUAUUCACGUACACAUUUGAAUAGAGAAUUAAUACUUUUGAUCAAAGUUAGGCGCACCUCUUUCGUCACAUAUUUUAAUCAACGUGAGAACUGGGUACAGUACUGCAUGCAGUUAGGACGCACUUGUUGCGUAGAGUCGAGUGUUGUUAAAGUCUAGGCCUACUACGUUACUGCAUAUUAUUAGAGCUUGCAUGAACUGAGUAUUGGCUUCUAGUACACGUCAGCUGAUCAGACUUUUGAGCUUUAUUGGAUAAGCGUAGAAUGAGCUCGUGUUUGUAAUAAGUCAGAACUCUAAUAUUUGUAACAAUGGCUGCGAAAACUGAGGAAGCUCCAAGCUCUUCAGAGAACCUGACGUGUCCACUAUGUCUUGAUAUCUUCGACGAGGCAACCAUCCUGAAUUCAUGCGGACACACCUUUUGUCGGAAAUGUCUCAAGAACUAUGACCUGUCCCAUCAGGAUCUUGAUCACAUGAUAUGUCCUCUCUGCAGGAAGAUCACCAAGUUGUCUGCGAACCGUGUUGAUGAUUUCCUCACCAAUGUGACUGUCAACGGACUUGUAGACAAUUACCACGCCGAGUGUAGAGGGAUGAACGCUGUCCUUGAGAUGAGUCCGAAAUGCACUGCGUGCAUGGUUCAGCAAGAUGCUGUUUCAUUCUGCUGUACAUGUAAUAACUACAUGUGUGAUAAGUGUCUGGAUUGUCAUCAACAUCUUAAAGUCUUCUUUGGAGGUCACGAAAUUGUAUCCAUACAGGAUAUCACCAACGGGAAGGUCAGCAUUGGUCAUCUUUCUGAGAAGUGCUGCAUCCACAAACAAGAGAACAAAGAUAUGUUUUGUGAGGACUGUAAGGUCCACGUCUGUUUCAAGUGCGUGAUCGUCGGUCAUCAAAUUCACAAAAUCAAGAAUCAGGCUGACUUCGAGCAGGAGUUACGGCUAAAGGUAAACGACCUUGUCCAGCGAUGCGCCGCUAAGAAGACAGAACUGGAGAAGAACAUUCAGAAUGUUGAAGUACAACGCCAUGAAGUAUACACUGCCGUGCAGAAACUACUGGACGACGUCAGUCGAGCCUACAGCAUCAAGGCUAAAGAGCUCGAAGAAAAUCAUCGAAAUCUCAUCGAGCAGAUGAAUGCAGUAAAGCGGAGUUUCGAUGACGAACUCAACGUCUUGAAAUCCAAGGAUCGACAGAGGAUCAAGGGUAUUUGUAGUUCAAUAACACUGGUAUCUAAUGACAGACUGUGUCGUCUUGAGACGGACAGUCUGUCUGCUCAUACCUUGCUAUGUGAGGAGCUGGAUUCCAUGCUGAAGGAGGCUACUGAUCACAUUUCUGCGGCAGUCAUUACAAAGAAAGCACAGGAGAAGAGGUUCAAGCCUGCAGAUGAUACUCGUCUGGACCUCGGGAGCAUCUCAGAAUCAGAUCCAAAGUUGCAAGUCAUUCAGUAUGUAGAUCUACGGGGACGGAUGUAUGGAAUGACGCAGUAUUCUGAUGACAGUGUAGCUAUUGGAUAUUAUGAUACACAUGGUAUAGAUAUCAUUGAUUCAGCUGGUACAAAGGGGCAGUAUCCAAACAUACCAAGUAACAUGGAGUGUUAUGACGUUGUGUUUCAACAAGACAGGUCGUUAUGCAUAUCGACGGGUAGCAAAGAAGCACAUAUAUAUUCUCCCAAUGGAUCCAGGAAAUCAACCAUCCACGCGAAUAGCAAUGGCAAUUUUCUCAGAUUAAACAGAAGUCCCUCAGGUGAAAUCCUCAUCGCUAACAAUGAGAAGAAAUUCUAUAUCUAUGACCCGACUGGAUCUACUCUCAAACACACUGUUCCAAUAAAACACAAGACGCUCCAGGUAUCUGCUACCAGGUCGGGUUUGAUCGUCACGAGUUCAUGUAUAUACACCUAUCCAGGCGUGGUGACGGUCUGUGACAGGGAUGGGAAUGCUGGUAAGUCUCUACAAGACCCGAGCGGUGUCAACCUGUAUGCUGCCGUGGAUGAGCAGGACAGGGUGUAUGUAGCGAGUGUUUAUCGUAAGAAUGGUCACAUUGUGAUCAGGCUGUAUGACCUUGAUGGUCUGAACCUGAAGGAAAGAGUUGAAUACAAUGUACUUAAUCUGACGCUUGGAGACAAUUGGUGUUACUUGGUUUCCCUCUCUCCAGACAUGCUCGUUUUUGCUUGUCACAAGAAGUUGUAUUUUAUCAAAGUAUCACUGUAAUCCAUCUAACACUCUACAUGUAUAUACCUCUCUGCUCUAGCUCUAUUCUAACAUGGGCCUAUAAUAUGUCAUAUUACAUGUAUAUUGUUUAUUAUGUGAUAACUGACCGAAUGAGAAGAUGCCCAUUCUCUAGAUAGAUUUUGAUUGCCUGUUACAGUGGCCAUUAUACAAUAUAACAAUAACGUCCCUCUAUCGAAAGAGUAUGUAAAUUCGUAAAAUGUACGUAAAUUAUAUGCUUCUUGCACUAUUUGAUUGUUUUCUCUUUGAUAUUUUAUUAUAUAAUUGGUACCGGAAAAUCAAAUAUUGAUAUAGAAUACAGACAAACUGUUGAAGUAUUUUUUUGUUGUGGCUCAUUGUUUUUGCGAUUUUUUCUAAUGGUUGCAAAAUGAAUCUCUUUCGUAUAUUAGUAUUCGUUGUUAUAUUCUUUGAUUGAUAUUUAAUUUGUUUGUGUGUGUGACAAGGCACAUACUGACCAAAUAUUGUAUCUUUAGAGCAAAACGUAUUUUUCAAACGUCUGGUAUCAAUAUUCUCCUAUCCCUUUUCCUUCUGUUUCAUCGUAGCAGAAUUUAAUGCUACUUAAAA